AUGCAGUUCCAAGGAGACCUCAAGGAGGACAUCUCACAGCCUCACAUUGCAAUCAUGAAGGCACGCAUAGAGGAUGCGGUUGUAUAUUCGCCGUAUCCCAAAGUCGAUAUUCCAAUAUGUUCAGUCUACAGCGCGAUCAGCAAAUUUUUAUCCAUGCGACCAGAAAAGCUAGCCGUCGUGGACGAGCAGAUAAGCCUGACCAGAGGGGAGUUCCUGGUGCGUAUGAAGCGCUACGCGGCAGGCUUCCAGGCACAUGGCCUUGGACCUGAACAUCGUGUCGCAGUGCAUCUUGGUAACAGUGCCGAGAACCUUACAGCGCUGUUCGCACUCACAUUCACUGGUGCUUCGGUCAUCCUUUGUAACCCAGUCCUGAAUCAAGACGAACUUCUCUUCCAAAUGAGUGACGGUGGCGCAUCACAUGCCUUCACGAGUUCACAACUAGCGCCAAAAGUGUUGGCGGUCAGCUCAAAACUACAGCUCAAGAAAAACCACGGUAGCGCUCUUCUACUCGUCUGGUACGACUGGCCACGCAAAAGGCAUGAGAUUUCUCACUACAGCUUCGUAGCCAAUCUCCAUAUGACCGGGUCUGUCCUAACUUACGAAGAAAAAGAGAAUGACGUGCUUCUGGCUUGGUAUCCCUUGACGUAUGCCUCGGGCUUUCUGUUCACUAUCGUGGCGCGUGCGUCGGCUCCACCUGCGUCUCGUGACGACACUGGCGAGUGUGCCGACCCGCCUUCACUACUACUUGUCAGAUAUGGAGCGGACGGGCACGGUCCUCCAUCCGUUCGUAAGCUGAACGUGGGCGGCACGGUGCUGACGUGCUCUCUUGCCGACCGUCUGCGAGCCGCCUUCCCAGGUCUGCGUUGCCUGCGCAACCUGUACGGAAUGUCUGAAUCUUGCAGCGUGCUUUGCUCACCGCCCACGGACGAGAUCAGCGCCGCCAACAUCGGCUUCCCAGCCCCAAUGGUGGAGCUCAAGGUGCGAAACCUAAUAUGGAACGCUCGCUGGUUUCAAUAA